AUGAAAGGUAUGUGUAUAUGUUGUCGUAAACCCUGGAUGGAUAGUAAGGACUUCGAGGUAAAUUUUGAAAUUAAACUAAAUUAACUUUAUUUAUAUAUACUGGAUAGCUCAAUCAGUUCUAAAAUAUUCCCCCUGGAGAUCCAGCAGGGGUUAUUUCUUAUUGUUCCAGUGUUACUACAGGAGGAAACUAGGGCAUACUAAAAAAAAUUUAAAUUUCAGACCCGUUUUUUGUAGGUGGAAAUUACGAGCCGAAUUUCCAUGUACAAAAACCUUUCAACAUUCAGUUAUAUCGGGGCGCGCGAGAUGCCCAAAAUUUAAAACAAACUAUAACAGUGUGUAUUUUAUUGCUUUACAGCUCGUCGAAGAGGGACGGAAGUUCGAAAACGUGGGCGAGAGGCGCCGGAAACGAUGCGUCGAAAUAUUGAUCAGAGAUCAGCUAAACUGGACUACCAACGAAAAGAUGACAGCGAUAGACGAGGAUAUAUGGAUAAAUCUAAUGGUGAUGCUAGAGUGAUAAUGGAUAAGUGUGAGGAAAACGGGGUGAAAGAUUCUUCAGAAAAGUUUAGGGACAUUGAAGAGACCGAAUUGUGGAAUUCGAAUGACCGCACGGAAUCGUCUUACAUGACGUUUUUCAAAGGAGGUGACAGAUUUUAUGAUGACGGACAUAGGAAGCGAUUAAAAUACAGUGAAGACUUAAUGAACCGUCAUGCUAGGAGGGAAGAAGCAAUGAAACGGAGUAGACAAAGAGAAGAGAGCGAAAGAGGUCGUGGUCCAGAAAUUAUCGAUCCAAAGAGAACGGAGGUUGCUUCGCGCGAUAUGUUACGUGAACAGCGAGUGCUAUCACGUGGACAACAAUCACGCGAGGACCAGGAGUCACGUGGACAGCAAUCACGUGAACAGAAAUCACGUAAACUUGAUCGACAGUCACAUCAUCGGGAGCAGCGCUUACGGGAUCAAAGUCCCCGUGACUUUGAUCCCCGGCUCAUAAAUCCUGGAUUAGUAGACCACCGGGGAAUUGACGACCGGCUGUAUGCUGCCAACGGCAAUCUCCGCGGAAUUGACCCUAGAAAGUAUGACCCGCGUAUAAGAGAAAGCGUAAUCGUGAAGUCUAAAAGAAAUUUGGAUGAGCAAAGCGAUGAAAAACAUCGUCUAAAAAAACGAAUUCCUCGUCGGAAUGAGUCGUCGAAUGAUCGGACCUUGCCGGAACAUCUUCAGGUUUUCCGCAAUGAUGACGGGCGGCCACGAAGUGCACGUCAAUGUAGUACUCGAAUCGUGACACCUCAAGUGAAUCGUGCCGAUGGUGAACAGAACAGAACAAAAAUAAAAUUCAGCGCGCUUGAUACAGCUAGUCAUCCCGAAACCACUAAAGCCAACAGAAAUGAAUCGGGAAAUAAAAUUGUGCAAGCUAUGCCAUCAAAACCUCGACACUAA